CUCGGCGGCCGCCGGGGCCUGCGGGAACAUGGCCGAGUCUCCGGAGGAGGUGGCGGUGCUGGUGCAGCGGGUUGUGAAGGACAUUCGCAACGCCUUCCAGCGCAACCCGCACAUAGAUGAAAUUGGAUUAAUACCCUGCCCUGAAGCCAGGUAUAACCGGAGCCCUAUUGUCCUGGUAGAAAACAAGCUUGGUGUGGAGAGCUGGUGUGUGAAGUUUCUUUUGCCAUAUGUCCACAAUAAACUUCUCCUCUACAGACAAAGAAAACAAUGGCUGAACAAAGAUGAGCUGAUAGAUAUCACGUGUACCCUGCUGCUGCUGAACCCCGACUUCACCACUGCCUGGAAUGUGAGGAAAGAAUUAAUACUGUCUGGCACUUUAAAUCCACUUAAAGAUUUGCAUCUUGGAAAACUGGCGUUAACCAAGUUUCCAAAGAGUCCAGAAACAUGGAUUCAUAGACGAUGGGUGCUGCAACAACUAAUGCAGGAAAACUCUGUGCCAAGUCUUGCAACUAAAGGAAACUUGGGAGCAGCACCUGUGGAGAGAAUUCACCGACUAGUGCAGGAGGAAAUGAACGUCUGCUCUGAAGCUGCUGGGAGAUAUCCAAGCAACUACAAUGCCUGGUCGCAUCGCAUCUGGGUUCUACAGCAUUUGGCAAAGCUGACUGUCAAGGUUCUCCUCGAUGAACUUUCAUCCACUAAAUAUUGGGUAUCCAUGCAUGUCUCAGACCAUAGUGGAUUUCAUUAUCGCCAGUUCUUACUCAAUUCCUUGAUAGGCAGAACUGUGACUGACAGUAACGUACUGGUAAAUGAACAAAGCCCUAACCUUCAGAAGGAGGAGGAGUGUGCAGGGACAGAAGCUGCUUGUGCAGAGGAGCAGAGUGUGGAUCUUCCCCGCCGUUUAGAGGAAGAGAUGGAGCUCUGCACUGAACUGAUUGAUAAUUACCCAGGACAUGAAACCUUGUGGUGUCAUAGAAGGUGUGUGUUCUACCUUCAGCAGCACCUAAGCAACAAAUUUCCUCUUCUGAGUGCAGUGGUAUCAUCUGCGGACAGCACUGAUGAGACUCUGAAUAAUUCCCACCACAGUCCUGCAACAAGUCACGUGGCUCAAGCUAUGGAUGUUGAUGGUUUGAAUGAAUCCAGCAGCAAACAAGGUUAUACACAAGAAACAAAACGCCUGAAGCGUGCUCCUAUGCAGGACUCUCUUGGCCCAGAAAUGGAAUACCAGUUCAUUGAUAAAGUAUUAUCAACUUGUAGGGAUGUGGACCAAGCCAGGUUUGCUACUGCUUAUAGGAAAUGGUUAGUUACAUUUUUAGGUCAGUGAAGGAAGUAUUUAAAGCUUUCAGGGUUCUUUUCUUAGUGCAAUAUUCUCUUUUCAGACACAAAUGCAUGUCUUGGUUGCAAGUGUUAGCCAGCCCUGUGUUUCUCUCUCUUUUGAUGGUCAGUCCUAAAGUACAAAUUCAGAGUAGAAGUCUGUCACUUUCUUGAAGAACUGGCAUACCUUUUUAUUUAACAAAUGCAGUUUGUUCCUUAAUCUUUUUAAAAAAUCACUCUGUCAGCUUCCUACCAUGACAUUUUCUUACUUUUUACUUCUGUGUUAACUCUGAAUCAUUAGACUUUUCUAAAAAAACAAAAGAGGUAAAAGAAGAAAAGUCUGAAAUGCUUGCGAAACAGUGUCUGAAAAAAGGAUGGGAAAAAUCUGUCAGUAACAGCUAAACCUGUUUCCAGGUUUUUCCUCUUUACUAUGUGGCAUCAUGCUAACACCUUAUUGGAUCCAAACUGUAUUCGGUGAGUGCUAUUAUUUUUGUAUUAGCAACCUUUGGUAGAACACCAGACUGAAGUGUUUCUUUCUGAAGGCUCCAGUAACAAUACUGGAGCCAUCAUGCCUUUUACUGUUUUAACUGGGGUUUUGUUUGCUUAUUUGUUGUCACGUUAGCUUGAUGGGGAAGUCUAUGAAGUUGAAAUCCCGACACAAGAAAACGUGACAGAAAAUAGUUCAAACACACCUUCACACACUUAGUCAGAACUGUAUUUGGAAAUACUGUUCUUAAAAUAGACUACCUUCACUUCUUAUUUGGUGUUUAUUUAUUUUAAUCUCAACAAUCCAGAAUUUAAUCACACUUGAUAACGUUUCUGAAUGUAUUAUCUUCACUACAGGAUCUCAGCCUCCUAAGUCACACUUUGGUGAUUGUACUUUACCAAGACUGUACAAGGCCAAUAUUUGAUGGAGUAAAAAUUAACUCUUCUGACUGGUUGUUGAGACUAUACAGUUCAAAAAAAAAAAGAAGUGACAGCAGAAGGGAGCUCUCUCUUCCCUUUUGUUCCUUUGGGGUUUUUUUAUCUUCUUUUCUUUAAGAGCUCUUCAACCAUACAUCUCUGUUUACAUAACUGUAAAUUUGAAGGGAAUUUGAAACUAAAUUUGAGUUGUGUAUUUUGUCAUUUCCUUAGAACUUGUCUGUGUAAGGGAUUUUUUACAGUAGUAGAAUUGUGCUAAUCCAAAGACCCCAGGGGAAACAUUCUACAGCUGUAGAAGUCUGUAUGAUGACAACAUGGCCUCUUUUAAAAUCAGUCUAUUCACUGAGGGGAUUAAAUUUUCAAGUUAGUAUAUCUCCUGGCCAAAGUGCCUCUUGACCGUGAUAAAUUUCAAGAUGCUGUUUCUGUUGCGCAGAGAGAGAAACAAUGAGGGAGGAAAAACACAGGUAACCUGCUCAAAAGGUAUCAUUUCAAAUGAAAAAAAAAAGGCACUUAAAAAUAUGAAGUUCCAGCACUUCUGAAUAGUUUGAUGAAUGGGGUUUACUCUUGCAUUUCAGAAUGGAAACAGACCACCUGUAAUCUUUGAGAGUAUAUUCGUGAGGCAUUUCAGGCACAGAGUAGCUAACAAAGAUGUUUCUAAAUCUAUACACUUAACUGUUCUGUUUACAGUACCUAGAUAAGACUGAUCUAGGCUUGAGCAUCUCCAUGUCGAAGUUUUGUCUCAGAGGGCAUCCACACCUGCCUCUCCAUAGCUAGGGAUGUUUGGUCAUUUGUUUUGAGGUGCUCUGGGAUGCCUUGGUUGAUGGUUGUAGUUGCAGAAGAACAUAAUUGUUUUCUGAAGGAGGUGUGGGAAUGGGUUGAGAGGAUAAUUUUGUCAUAAGAUGUUGCCUCUGUGAUCACUAAUAAAUGGGUAGGUUCAGGUAUAAAUGGAGUCUGAACUUAAAGAACUUAACUUGAGCAGGAACUUUUACCUGUCUCAGAGGACCUGAUAUUUCUUGACUAUGGAUGAUAUAUUAAAGUAUCUAUGGUAGCCUGGGUCAGCUUGAUGAACAAUAUCCCACUCAUUAACAGUAUCCCAUUAAUGACAAGUGCGAACCUGAAAAGUGUGAAAUUAAGUAUUAAGGAUCAUACUCUUGGUCCUAGGCUACUUAGUAACGUAGUUGUGUGUUCUUUUUGCCUUGGCAAAAAUUACCUAUUCACGAGAAAAAUACUAGUGGUAGGAGCAGCCUCAGAAGUAGGAACAUGAUAAGAAAUAUUUCUUGAACUGUGGAAAGGAAGUGAUGCUCUCUUCUUGCACUGGAAUGAUUGAGGCUUUUAGAGGAAAAUACUAACAUUAGAAUCUGACUUGAAACCUAUUAUAUACUUCUUCCAGACUAUAAUCUAGACUCUUAGUUAGCCUUCUUAGAGCUGUACUGUGAAAGUUCUGUGCUACUGAAUUUGACAAUCUUUCCACCAUAAACGUUUAAACAGGUGCUCUCAUAAUACAUGUGUAAGUUCCUAUUCAUGUCAGCACGAGGUAUGCAUACUCAUAGGAAGACAGGACUUGGUCCUAUGUAACUGAACAGAGUUGCAUUGAAUGUUAAUACUUGGAAAAAGUCCUGAGUACUCUGAUUAGAGAUGGUGCUGAUAUUUUUAUUACUUUUACAAAACACUGAUGGCUGUAGUAUAACUCUAAAGAGUGGAUUUUUAAAGUCUGCACCUGGUGGGAAUACUCCCCCACACUUUUUUUUUUUUUUAAUUUUAAAUACAGUAAGAAUAGUUACAUUUAGAAAUGUUUGCAGACCAGACUUUGCCACACAGAAAACGAAACAGUAACUAACAGUGAAAUUGAAACAAAUCAUAUUUUUUUGUUUUGAAAGAAAUGCAAAUAAUGAACUGUUGAAUUUAAGCUUUAAUUUUCUCAUGGUAGCAAUAUAAAUUAUACGAAAGGAGAAAAUAAUAUCUAAAUUCUUCAAGCUGUCAAUGUCCCGAAGGCUCAUACAUGAAAUAAUUUAAGAGAUACUUGUAACAAACUGCAUUAAGCUCAGAACUGAUCUUUGCAGCAUACCUAUCUGGCCAUUCCGCGGUACUGCAGAGUCCCAUUUGGGCACUGCUUGAAAAAAAAGAGAAGUGGCUUCAGGCCAUUGGUAGUUCACCCAUAUAAAG